AUGCAAGAAACAGAGAUCGAACUUCCACCGGCUGCUACAGUCACCCAAAACCAACCAGACCUUGUCACCAUUGACGCCAGCGCUACCCCAGUAGUUGCUGGAACCAAUGUUGACGAGUUACCAACACCAAUUCCACCCGCCGACUUGGCCGACAUAGACAGCAGCGACGACAACGAAACAACUGCAACCAUCUCAACAAAUGCCACUCAGCAGCCCCCGCCCCUUAAAACCGAUAAUGGCACAGGGGCUGCUCUUGGUACUGUCACUGAAAGGUUGUGUUGCGAUGUACCGAUGGAUCCUCACACUGAUAUAGACCCACCACGUUCACAUCACUUGGUUGGCAUGGACUCUCGUCCAGUGGGAUCACCACCCCAACCACUUAGCCGAACUAGAUCGCCCGCUGAGCUGAACGAUGUCACUAGCAUCACGCGAAGUGAGAAUGAAACUCCACCGAUUGCUGCAGCCGCACAAAUCCAACCAAACCUUGUCAACAUCGAUCCCAGCGCUACCCCGUUAGUUGUUGGAACCAAUGAUGACGAAUUACCUACACCUACUCCACCCACCGACUUGGCCGAAAGUCAACUGACCGAAAACCAGGUGAACUGCCAGAGGAUGCCGACUACACGGUCCAACAAACACACGACAUCAUCAGCAGAUGUUCCAAUGGUUGUUACAACAAUCGUCGUCAACACAACAACUACAACAAGUAACACGGCUGGAUUGGGUACCAUUGUAGACGCAACUUCACCAAGUUACGCUACUCCGCCAGAUAUUCCAGGUGCUCAUGGUAUUACGACAAUAGCACCAUCAGUGUCGAAAGCCAAUUCCACCCUACCCACGACAGUAUUGGCUGGAAAUGUACCACAAACAAAUAUUGGUACGAGUCCUGGAAACGCACCGAUAUUGAAUCCUGCGCCUGGUAUGGUUCCACCUGCGUCGUCUGCACAACCGCAUCAUAUGGACAAACUCUUCCAACGUAUCCAAAUCAUGUGA